AAUUGCGUCAAAAGUGGGUACUUAGCAUGUAGCCUCACAGGACUGUCCAAAAGUUUGUGAUCGAGAUAAUUUUAACGGUGAUGGACGAACCUAUGGAAGAGGAGAAGCAGAGUGACUCCCCAAAAGUAGAAGAGGAAAGAAAGUUGAAUGCCUCAUCUCUCUUGAGGCCAGGGAGUAUGGUUAUGAUGACAAUCACAGUAGCAGACUAUGAAGCACAGUACUGGCCACAGCUAGAGAAUGCAAUUCACCACUUACUGACCAUGAAGCCAGGGGGAUAUAUUCCUAUAUCUUAUGAACAAAUGUAUAGUUGUGUGUAUAAAUGUGUAUGCAAGCAGUUUUCUGAGAGAUUAUACAAUGACCUACUGCAGUACAUCACUGAUCACUGUGACAAAAUGUGUAGGGAGCUAGACGCAACUACACAAGAUCCUCUGGUAUAUAUAGAAACAUUUAAUAUCACUGUGAAGCAGUUCAUUCAGGCUUUAGGUGGAAUAGUACCUAUAUUUAAUUAUAUGAAUCGCUUUUACAUAGAAAGUAAACUGAAGACAGAUCUUAAUGUUGAAUUGAAAAAAAUAUUUACAACCAAUGUAGCAGAGAAGCACAUUAAUAUGCUAUUACCUCUCCUAGUAGAAGCUCAGUCCAAACCAUUUGCUGUUCCUCCAGCUACUAUGGCAAGCCUCGUCAAUCAUCUGUAUGCACUAAAACAUGAUUUUGCUCAACUGCAGCCAGAUUUGUUUGCAAGAUAUAUCCCCAAUAUUUUGCCACCAUCUUCAGAAUCAGAUUUACAGAGGCACAUAGAAGAGACACAAAUAAUGCAGCAACAACUAAUGAGUCAUCCAGAAUUUACAAGGGGGGAAGAAGGCAGAGUUAGAAAAAGACCUGGUGAAGAUGAAUAUCAAAAAGUGACUCCACUCAUGUUUUUGCCCAAGCACAGCGACUCCUAGCACAUCUUUGGAUGAAAAGUUAUUUUAUUCUCCAUGCGUGCAAUUUUGGCAGCUCACCAGCCAGGUUUUUUUGCAUCUUGCAGAAACAAUAGAUAUCACAUGUAGGGAGAAACUUGCCACUCCCAUGAUAUUUAAAAGAUACAAAUGGACUGGCAUUCCUGUAUUUCAGGAUUUAUGAUAAACCAUAAUCUCUCCUUGGGUUUGCCUUAAUUGUAGAAAAACCCAGCUGCAUAUUAUACAUCAUGCUGUGCAUGGUGAAAACUGCUUCAAAGCUGUCUUUACUGUGAUGGUAUACUUUCAUACAGAGAUAUUGCUCGUGAACAAUGUUUACACUGAGGAGAAUUUAAGGGUCUCUACAGUUCAACAUUGUUUGGUGCUACUGGUUAUGAUAUUAACCUUAUAAACAUUGAUUGCUUCAAACCCUUUGCCAAGUAUGUGAUCUAGCUACAAAUUAUAUUCCAAAACAAAUUUGAGUGUAAGUGUGCUUAAAGGGAAGACAUUUUCUGUAAUUUUUUUCACCUUUACUGGUUAUGGACGUUUUUCAUUUCUGUUUGUGCUUUUACUUCUUUCAAGAUUUUAUAACUUAAAACCCCAUUUCGUGCUUUUAGAAAAAUUGCACCACAUUGGGAUUUGUGGCAACAGCCAGUCUUUUUUUUUUUUUUUUUUUUGUAUCAAGCAUGUAAUCCACAAAAAUAAACUUUCUAAAAGUAGUGGAUUAGAAGAAUGUUCAUUUCCUUGUGCACUUGCUUCAAGUUGUAGAAAAUUCUUUUACAAGUUUGGGUGACAUUUUGUUGGAAAAAAAGUUUGUAUAAUUAAGCAAAUUUCUUCAGUGUGGUUGCUGGAUUUGUUAUUCCAGGAUUUUCCGUUACUAAAAAAAUUGUCUUAGUUGUAGAGAUAGUGAAUUAAUUUAAUAUGAAAAAUAAAUUAUUAUCAAAUA